UUUUUUUUUCUUUUCUCUAGAUCAAAAGCCUUUACAAAUUCUAGAAGGAGGAAACGUUGAUGUAUUUUGCAACAGCUCCGGGUACGCAGGAUAUACUAUUUUCUGGGAAAGUUCUGAUAAACUCUUCCGUUUAGAUGGAAACGAACUUUUGAUGUCAGGUAUCACCCGGAACCAGUCUGGAUUAUAUGCAUGUUAUGCCGCUAAUGAAGCCAGCUCUGAUGUCAUACAAUACGUCGUGAUUGAAGUGUUAUAUCCUGCAAAGAUUGUAGAUUGGAGUUUUCCAUAUAGCCGACUUCGUCCAAGUGGAACGUACGAGAUGUCUGUAGAAAUAGAAGGAAAGCCGCCGCCGGAUCGUAUCUUACUGAUUUCUGAUAAAACAGGCGAUGUUUUAUACAGGGAUGAAGGAGGUGGAGUAAAGAAUGCAACAAUAAAGCCUGUCCAGUGUGGUGACACGGGAACAUAUCACUUGUAUGUCACGAAUGAUUUUAACUCCGCAUCACUUGACAAGAACGUUACAGUAUAUUGUGUUCCCUAUGUGAACCCUGACAAGGUCACAACGUUUGAUACAAUGCCACGUUUAGGGGAGACAGCUGUUCUUGAAAUGCACGCUGCUGGAUAUCCUCAACCUAAUUUUACAUGGUCACACAAUGGAAGCCUGAUCCAGCAUGUUGAUGAUGGGUACUCAAGUAAGGUAACGAUAGAAAAUACCGAUGUGAACGACUUUGGUACCUAUCUGCUGGAUAUGGAGAAUUCAGUCGGAAAAAGCCGUUACAUUUUUCAAAUAAUACCAUCAGGUCCGCCGGAUCCGCCAAGUAACUUGACAUAUAUACAGUCUACCUGGCACAGUGCCACUGUCAGCUGGAUAUCAGGCUAUGACUACAACGACACGCAAACAUUUGUGAUAAAUAAUUAUGAGGACGGCGAUUUCAAAGUUUUGCAAGAAUUCACAGACGCCUCUUCUGAAUAUGGAAACAUAAUUACAAAAACUGUUGGCAAACUAGAGUCCGACCACCAGUACAACAUCACAGUUGUAGCAAGGAAUAGAAACGGCACGUCUGGUGGCAAUGUUCAAAGCAUCAGUUUCGUUACCAAAGAAAGUUCACCAUCAAUAGGCGUCAUUAUUGGAGUCAUGUUAUCUCCUUUUGUAAUUGCAUUUGUGUUUAGUUUUGCCAUAAAACAAAGUUCAAAAUGGAGACGUCGGAACAAAUACACUCUGUGCCAGGACGACGGUGAGAAAAAACCUCUACUCCCUGGAAACCAAGAAAAUGUCGACAAAAUGGAACGUAAUAAUGAACAAGAUAAGGAGACAGAAAAUUUACGAAAUGCAACCAAAGAACAUACAUAUAGGAACAAUGAUCAAGUUGAUGGAUAUAUUGCGCCUGAAUAAACUCGAUUACUUUGAAGGGAGGACAAGUUUAUUCCCAGAAAACCGUUUAGAAAGUUGCAGAGAACGAAACCUUGAAGGUCCAGAAAUGAGUCUCAUGAACUUACGAAAUACGUGAAAGGUUAAAGAAGUACAUGUAUAUAAGUAACAUAUUAAUAUUCAUGUGAAAAAAUAUCAUUCUUGCAGUAUAUUUUGAAAAACCUAACUUUGAUGACUGCGUUACGUGUUUUUCCCCUUGAAACUGUCGUGUUAUGUUAUACACUACUGCUAAUGAUACAAUUAUAUUUGCAAAAAUGUAUACAUACAUGUGAACGCAGUUGUUGACUGCCUUUAAUAUAUAUGUAAAGAUCAAUGGAAUGGUUGUUUUAUUACUGUCAUUACAUGUAAAUCUCACCGUGUAGUAAAACACUUUUCUCAUAUAUUUUAAAUUGUAAAUGUGUGUGUGUUCGGGUUUAAUGCCUUUUUAGUCAUAAAAACGCCAGUGUCUACUUGUAGCAGUGAGCACAAUGUCCAACUUUAUAGAGCUGGCACACUGGAAUAUCGCACUGUUGACAUGUGACAUGAUAUCCCACCAAGUCACAUUAUACUGACACCGGGCUGACCAGUCCUAAUGCUGAGCGCCAGACGAGGAAGCUACUAGUACCAUUUUUAAUGUGUUUGGUAUAACGCGGCCAGGAAUCGAACCCACGACUUCCCGAACUCAAAACGGGCGUUCUACCACUAGGUUACCGAAAAAUUGUAAAUGAAAAUCUUUAGACAAUAUUAUCUAUGUAAAUGUAUGUUUUAUCGGUGUCAUUGAAUCUGAAUUGCAGUUUUU